CCAAGUUCCCAACCCACCGCAUUGACUCUCGAUCGCGGCGGUUUCUCGCUACUUUACUUUCCACUCGCACCGCUCGCCGUGACGCGUCGACGGAGCCGCCGAGGGAGUCUGCCCCGCUUGCAUCCGGUCGGUGGGUCGGUCGGGGCCAUGGUGAAGCUGGCGACGGCGAGGGAGGCGCGGCUGUACGGGCCGGCGCUGGCGGUGCGGCGGUGGGAGUACAUCAACGCCGGCGCGUACAUGUUCGGCACCCUGCUCCUGGCCGCGGGGCUCGCGGCGCUGUGCGCGUCCGAGGGCGGCGUCGGCGCCACGGACGCCGGGCUCGCCGUGGCCGGCGUGGCGCUGGCGGUGGUGGCGGCCGUGAACGCGCACGACCUGGGCGCGCACCUCGCCGGCGUGGACUGCCGCGUCGGGCUCGCCCGGUUCGACCCCCAGCUCGGCAUCGUCGAGUUCCUCGCGCCCGCGCUCCAUGCCGCAGGCUGCGUCCUCGCCAUCGUCGGCCUCGCGCUGCAGCUCUUCUCCCAGGGCGACAAGCUGGAGAGGCGCGCUGCCGACGCGCUGCUGGCGGGCGCGGCACUGUGGCUGCUGGGCUCGGUGCUCAGCUCGUGCCAGGUGUACGAGCGCGCCGACGGCCGCGCGCAGCUGCUGCAGUCCAGCGUGCAGGUCCCCGUCCUCCUCGGCAGCCUGCUCUUCCUCGUCGCCGCCGCCCUCCACCGCCGGCGUGAGCCCACCCUGCCAGGCGAGAGGGAAAGCGAGAGCGAGAGGUGGAUUAGCCUGUGCGGGAGCGUGCUGUGGGUGGCGGGCGCACUGUUCAACGUGCUCAAGGUGUUCGUGAUGCACCAGAGCGACGCGCCGCGGCUCGAGAAGCUCCGCGGCGGCGCGCAGGAGCGGCUCGCCCGGGACCGUGAGGGCCGCGUGCCGCUGGUCUGGAGGUCGGCGGCGCAGCUGCGCUGACGGUCAUGGAGCCCAAGCCCAAGCCGCAAGCCGGCCGCCUCGUUGCUUUGUUCCACCAUUGUUCGGACGCUCAAGAUGGUAAUUAAGGAGGCUGGUGCACCAAGGUAUAACAGGGCGGCCGGCGCCGGUGAAACUAUACUCUGUUUGG